CGGGGCGUCGUUGCGGGGAUGCUUCGGUAGAUAGUGGAGAAAGCGGCAGUGAUCGCGACACAUUCCCUGGGAGUGGAUCCACACCCAUGUCUCAUGGUGACGCGCUGUUACGCAGGGGUGUCGGGGGUGCGUGAUCGCGCGCGAGAUAUAUCGUCGCAUUCAAUAUUAUCUAUUCUUUCGUUACCGCUUUUCCGUCGCAACUGACACAGUUUCGCGUGACUUUUUUCCUUGCUCCUCGAUGCAUAGAUAAAUUUUGAGCUCACGAGCAUACGACGAGGUAAUCGUGAUCUUCAGGUCGUAUGGUGCGCGACGCAACGAUGUGGCGGAUAUCGUCCAGAUGUCCAUCAAAGUGGCGGAUCAUAGGAGGAAACCCGCAUUUCGGCGAGAAGCGGAAGGGUGGUAGACGACGUUGAAAUGACGUAAUUUGCUUCCCAAACGCCUGAUAAUCAUCCAGUUUGAGGGUGGGCCCGGUAGCAUCAUAAUGAAUCGAGAAAACGAAGAACAGCGACCGGUCCCUCAAACGCUGUGCGGCGCGCUGCAAAAGGAACCGAACUGCAAAUGCCUGGUAUUGACGGUACUUAUAUACGGUUGUCUCGCGGCAGUAACAUGGUGCAGAUGCGCCAACGUUACCAAGAUUAUGGUCAACUUCACCAAGACCCCCAUCAGAAGUACGAGGCACGUAUCAUCGCCCUGUGACGAUGGCUAUAUAUAUAUUCCGGUGGCAUUUAUGGGAAUGCUGUAUCUGGUUUAUCUGGUGGAGUGCUACCACUCACCAAUCAGGAUCGAUCUACUACACGCGGAGAGCCAGGACAGCGUGCUGUCCAAAUUGGCACAACUAAAGAUGGCACAGCCGCGGAUAUGGUGGAAAGCCGUUUCCUAUCACUAUGUGCGCAGGAAACGGCAGAUCACACGUUAUAGGAACGGAGAUAAUUAUACCACCACGCAGGUCUAUUACGAGAGAGUGAACACACACUCGGCCACCACCCAUUACUAUUACGACUAUUGCGGAGUGAAGGACAUCAGUAAGGAAUUGAUACUCGAGGCCAAGAUACCGAUCACAAAGAUUACGCUUACCAAGGGCUUCGCAUUUUCAAACAUAAGGUCUGCUACGGAAUUCGAGGAAGCACGAUCACGAUUUUUUGCCGAACAAGAACUAAGUGACGACUAUAUGGAAAUGAGAGAAGGUCUUGAUCUCGGAUAUAAUGUCAAUACGAUGCUGGUUGCCGUUCUAGGUAACCCGUGGUUCACGAACCGCUAUGUUUACUGGUGCCUGAGCGCCCUCCUGCUUAGCUGGCCGUUACGAGUAAUCAUCGAGUACAAAACACAAUAUGCCGAUUAUCAGGUUACCAAGCUAUUUGGUGUAAAUUAUGAUACACCAACUUCUGGUGAACCCAUCCAUGCAUCCAUGAGCCAGCUGAGUCAGCCAGGCUCCUAUAUGCUAGCGCCCAGUUAUAGCGAGGCAUUAUUGAUGGAACCAGCAACGCCUCGCAAUGACGAGCUGCAACAAAGACAAGAAAAUUGGCAAGGUCGAGGAGAGACGAACGUUGCAACCGACAUGGUGCCCAGCUAUUCUGAGGCACUUCUCUACGAACGUGCCGAACAAUACGAUCAGCGGAAUACGAUUGUGAAUACUGCCGCUGCUGAAUGCGUAAAUAACGUGGACGAUCCGAGGCGAAUGCUACCAUUGAUGCCAUGCGAAUGCCACUGCCCUUGUCCAUGUCAUGGGAAUACGAAUGAAUACGAGAUGAAGAUGGACGAGCGCAGUUAUGCCGAGAUUGCGACCAGUAGAGAACAAUUACCAAUGAGCACCGAGAUUGGUGAUACCUUCGAGAGUGAACUAGCGACGCUACGGACGACGGCCGACGGUCGAUUACAUCCCCCCGUAAACGUGGCUCCCCAUUCUAUGGACGAUCUUCAAGCCGAAGCUUCUCCAAGCAGAUGCAGCAGUUGUGGCAGAAUUUCUGCCAGCACGCAAACAAUCAACACUGACAUCCUUCCUCGUGUUGUUGCUAGGAACAAGUCUAACGAAAGUUCACAGACUACGUCGGCGGAUUUCAUUUCCGGUAGGAAAUCCGAAAGAGAGCAUCGAGCUAUACCCCGCGACAUUUCCGAACCUAAUUUGAGAUCACGAUCGGAACUCACGGGUACGUUCUCAAAAGGGAACGUCAGGAGCUUGGAGAAUAUAUUGGAGAACGAAGAAGAUCUACAAAAAACUGGCAAAACUGGCUUUACCAACUUAGAGUUGAAUCUUUCAUAUGAAAGACCACAUCCUUCUGAAUGUCAAAGGAGAUUCCCGGCCUCCCUUCCGCCUUCUUUGACUCAUCACCGUUCCCUUUCUCUUGACGAGACGACUGUUUCUCCGAGGAAUAUGGGUGCCAUUCCAAAAACCGAGCCGCGUAGCAGAAUUAUGGUGAAUCCUAUGUCAAAUGAGGCCUGCUGGAAGUUACCCAACUCGAAGACAUACUUCUGCUUAAAGUCGAUCCUGAAACAAAACAGGCGCAGCUAUACGCUGGUGACCGCGGACGAAUUCCAAAAUCUCGAACAGGAUGCUAAUCGUAGUUCUGGGUACCUCGACAUUCCCGCCAGAGGCGAAAAGAGUAAUCAUAAUAUUCAGGUCGAUAAAUUGGUCGAUCGUUCACGUUCGAGGGAAAGAUUAAAUCCCAGGAGAAGGAUGCCGUCUUUCGAGGAAUUUACAUCGGGAAGAGACAAAAUGUAUAUCAAUGAUCAAAAACAGGAAAACACUAGAACGCUCAUUUUCGCCAGUCCAAUACAAGAAAUUUUUCCUGGCGAUCCUUUCGGCGGCAAGGAUAUUGUGCCAGUGAGAAAUCUGAGGGAACGUAACACCAGAGAAGGUGAUCUCGCUAACGAUUCAGCAAUGCUCGAUCGGCCAAACCGAUCUUUAGCUGUUCGAGAUGCAAGAUGCCUUCCGACUGAUUAUCCGACCAGGAAUUCAUUCCGGCCCGACAGCAACACGUAUCCGUUACCACACAUUAUGCAUCUUCCGUGGCAUAACUGGCAUGAAAGAGAACUCCAGCAUUUUUUACGCAGUAGACAUCCACUCGAGGCAAUGGGUACUCCCGCUAGAGCGGAAGAAAUGCCGCGAAGGUAUCGAACCGACGUCUCAUUUCCUUCCUCCGAUGGGUUAUUCUCCGAACGCGCGAAUAGAUGGUCGACGAGCUCGAAUGAGUACGAUGAUAGAUCUUGCGAGGGUCAUCCAAAUAAUUCGAAGUACUUAUCAAAUAGAAGACAUCAUCAGGCAGCCGGUUUGACCAGAUCGCUCACCGAGAGAAGACGUCCGAAGGUCGCUCGUCUCGAUAGGAACUUCCGGAGAAGCUUCACAGGCAGGGUGGAAGAUUAUAGAAUGGAAAACGCUAGACGGACAAAUUUCAGUAUCGAGACGUCAUUGUAACGAGCACAUUAAAUCUUGGGAUGCCAGUUUCAUUGGUCUCGGUUAUACGUGACCACGAUUAAUUCUUCUGCUGUGUAGAAUUUCCCUAAAUUACCGCAAAAAAAUUACAAUAUCAGUUAAAUUGUUUGAUUGCGAUAAUUAAAUGUCGAGUGAAAAAUAUCUUCAUUUUAUUAUAACUCUAAAGUUUGUAGAAGUAACUUUAUCAGAAACUAUUAAUAAUUAAUAAUUUUAUGAAACAAAAAAACGAUUUCGAUUUUGCAUAAACAAUGUCAUUGUAUAGAGUUUAAUAGUUUUAAGAACGUCUUGAUAAACAGAUAUUUUUAUGAUUUUAAAGAAAACAGCAGAUUAUUAACUCGGAGGUCAGUUAAUCCAGAUCGUUGGCGCAACUCACUUCUAAAUAAGAUUGCUAGUUUUUCUUCGUUGUAUACAAUAUAUAAAUGGAACUAUAAUCUAAUUGCGACAAGGAGUAACUGGGGAUUUAGCUGAUCCGAACUAUCAGCAUGACUCAGCCGUAAAUUGUUACUCCUUUGUUUUACGUACGCUACUUGUAUCGUAAGUAUCCGUCCUACUACUUUACGAAUUAAUUAGAUACGCAAACGGGUUAUGCAAUUUUUCAAAGAAUCAACAUUCCAAUGCGGGCUAUUGCCCUUAACGCCCUCGCUUAAAGGCACUCUCGAAAGAGGACCACAAUGUUACGCGUAUUUUACGGAAAUUUGACAAUCGGCUAUCAAAGAAGCUCAAAAAAACCGCGUGCAUUCAACGUUAAAUAUAAACUAUAAGUUACAUACAGUUUAAGGCGAUUUUAAAAUCGUCUAUUUUCUCCAAAAUAUUGCUGUUUUACCGACGAUUUGUGCGCAUGUAUGUGUGCAAUAUUGAUGUAGUAGCAUUUACUAUCACAUCGAUAUCGCAUGCACACAUCAUAACAAAUUGUCAAGCCCUUAAUCUUUUAUAUUAGAGAUCUAAGCUUAAUUCUAAGAACUCAACAUUUAGAUGUUUUCCAUUUAGUGACACAAGCCGACACAAGUAUCGUUUUGUCUCUGUUACUAAAUGUUAAGAAGGAUAGAAUGACGUUUGUAUCGACUUAUUGUGUCCCUAAAUGGAAAGCACUAAUUGUUUUAGUCAUGUAUAAUUAUAUUCGCAGCUCAGGCUGCUCCCAUUUUGU